CGCGUAGCCAGUCAACCACCUAGAGACUGUCACACGACGCUGUUAAGUUGGUUGCUCUGAAGGUAUAUAUACCGGUGAAGUGUGCAAAUUCUGCCUUAUACUUGGCGUACCAAGGUAAAAGUAAGACAACCGAGAAUGGCAUUAAUUCGAUACAACAGUGACCCAAAGAUCGGAAUGCUUUCGGCUUUAUUGACAUUCAGCAUUCUUCUUCUGUUAACUGAGAAGGCAGAAACCAAGCCUCUGGACCUGCUGUCCUUGGUCACCGGGGUCGUGCCGAAAAUUGUCAAUGGAGUGUAUGAUGAGGGAGACAUAGAUCUGUUUGGGAAGCCAUGUCAGUACAAGCGAAUUCCUUACAUCAAAAGACUCGAGCUGCACUACAGGGCGGAGAUCAGGUGUCUGGGCUGGACUCCCAUCGUCGGAGAAGCCAGAGACCACAGAAAUCCAACCCAUGCAGAGCAGGCAGCCAUAAAGGAUUUUGUGAGGCAGGCUGUGGCCCAAGCACUGGUCACCGAGGAGCAGGCAAAGCCCUGGUUGACUGAUUGAUUGUGUUUUCAUGUACAGCUGGCGUCACGACAGUAAAGGUCAUCGACAUUUGGUCUUACGUGGCUUUGCGACAGAAAACGAAUGAAGAGCAAAGUAGUACCGUUUCCAGUGAUGAAAUUUAUGUACUAGAAUGUUUAAUUGGAAAAUAGGUAGAUUAUUUAAUUUAAUUUAUUGAGUAAAUAUCGCCGAAAUUCAUGACCAAUGGAAGUUUAUUUACAAAGUAGGUUUUCAAGUAUCUAUUAACCUAGAGGAGCUUAGUUCUACAACAGCGGUUUACUCAAACUUCUGAACUGUGAUAUAAAUUAAUGUAGUGUCUUUCCACAAAUUUAUUAAUUGUGAAAAUAUAUGUUUUAAAACCAAACUAAAAAAAAUUAGUUUAAAAGCUAUUUAUCAUUUGUGAAAUUUGAUAAUUUGAUUUCCAAAGAACUGUGGCUGUGUUAGUAAUAAAUAAUACACGUACUAUUUGAUGAAACUGAAAC